AUGUUUUCGGUAGCUAAUACGGGCUCAGCUGAUUACUGUUCCACAUGGAAAAGUUCCUUGGAGGCAAAAAACGUCUCUGCGUCAUGUCAGACAAAACCAAUCGAGACGAAGGAGGCCAAGAUCCAGGUGGUUAAACGUGCGAGCGUCGAGGUGCAGACCCUGACGGACAAGGACAGGACGACUGAGGAGCCCCGGCAGUACGAUAAGCCCUCGCUGUACGCUUUUCUCAAUCGGGUUACGCCGCUCAUGAUCCGAGAGCUCGAGCGAAAUGCCAAAAGCACCGCGUUCGCCCACCUGCAGCACGAGUCGAAAAAACUUUCCAUUGUGCAGCUGGGGCAAUUCAGGCAGAACGAGGCAUCGGCGAAGUUUGCAGCGCUAUGCAUCGCCACCGACGGAAACGAGUUGGCGGUAGGCUUCGGGGCGCUCCAACACGACGAUUGGUGCGAUCACCAAGCGAAGCUCGCGAUGUUUCAGCGGAAAGACUCGUCGUCACGAGCCCAGGUUUUCGACAUGGACUCUUGCGUGUCCUGCGUGAGCUAUAACGAUCGGAAACCGAUAGUGACAUGCGGAAUGUACACCGGCGAGGUGCUCUGCUGGGAGUCCGAAGAACAAAUACAGGUGGCAAGCCGUCACUCGGGACGCGUAACCAGUUUGCAAUGGAGACCCAUCUACGAAGGGAAACGUCUACUCUCGGCCGGUAUCGACGGUGCGCUCAAACUUUGGAAAAUCCGGGACAAGAGUCUGAACGUUUCUGAGGAGUUUGUGGUGACGACCUGGGAUGCUGAUGCGAAACUCACAUCGCGGGUGGAAGCUGCCGUCGGCGUGACUUGCACAAGUUUUUCUUGCUUCGAUGACACGCAGUUCUCGAUAGGCACGGAGGGAGGCUACGUUAUGGUCGGAUCGCUUACGGCCCCCCGAGCGGCUUUCGGCGCGGGGAAAAAGUGCGUUACGAUGAGCUACAAACGACACCAAGGCCACGUGACGUCUACAUAUUUCGCUCCGCACUCCCGGAACGUUUUUCUCACUUCCUCCGUGGACAUGGAAGCUCGUAUUUAUUCACAGCUGCAGCAGGCGCCGGUCAUAUCCAUCGUUCACUCGGAGCAGCUGGUGAAAGCUGUGUGGUCGCCUAUGGAGCAGCUACACAUCGUGACUGCGACCUGCGCGGGUCUCGUGAACAUCUACGAUAUACGCAAACCAUAUGUACCGCUUACUCUAAUCAAUUUGGAGAGUCGAUUGACCGACAUGGCAUUUGUUUCGCACGAACAAAUAGCCGUCGCGACGGAAAAAGGCCUCGUCCACCUGCUGCAACUGCCUGAAUCCACCAUGCGUACCGUGGGAACAGUAGCGGACCUCGACGAGCUUGUGCGGACGCUCCAGAAUACAGUUGUUGAUUUCGUUUGA